UCCGCUGCGUUUCAAUAGGAAUUCAGGGAAUCGAUGGGCCAGAGUCAACAACUUCUCAACCAGCCCUUUCGGAGUCUCUGAAAUGAUUAUUGCUGAUAUCCCAAACCGGACUAAAACGACAGAAUGAACACCUGCGCUUUUCUGUUGAUUUUGGCUGUCCAAAUCCACGCCGAUGGCAUUGAAGGACCAACAGCGGGGUGCACGUUUGAUGAGGACUCGGACCCCAGCCUAUGUGAGUACAGUCAGGGGGACGAUGACGACUUUGACUGGCAGCUCUUCAGAAGCCAAGGCACCUCACAUGCGUCCACAGAUCUCCUCCGAGGGUCGUACUUGAUGGUGAACUCCUCCCAGCAUGCUCCGGGUCAGCGGGCCCAGCUGCUGCUGCAGACGCUGAGCGAGAACGACACACACUGCGUGCAGUUCAGCUACUUCCUGUACAGCCGCGACGGCCACAGCCCCGGGGCGCUGCGCGUCUACGUGCGCGUCAACGGCGGCGUGCUGGGCCUGCCCGUCUGGAACGUCACCGGCUCCCACGGCCGCCAGUGGCAUCAGGUGGAGCUGGCCGUCAGCAUGUUCUGGCCCAACGAGUACCAGAUCCUGCUGGAGGCAAUUGUCUCUAAAGAGCGGCAUGGAUACAUCGCUGUUGACGACAUUAUGAUACUGAAUUACCCUUGUUAUAAAGCUCCACACUUCUCGCGACUGGGAGACAUGGAGGUCAAUGUCGGCCAGAAUGCCUCUUUUCAGUGUGUGGCAUCCGGGCGGCCGUCUGAGACAGAAACUUUCCUUCUAGAGCGGCACAACGGGAAAGUGACGACCUCUACCUCGGUCAAGCACCUGAACUACCGGCGCUUCGUGGCCUCUUUCCAACUGGACAACGUCCAGAAGCCUGAGCAGGACGUCUAUCGCUGCGUUGCCCUCUCCCCCCGAGGCGCGGGGGUCUCCAACUUUGCUGAGCUGCUCGUCAAAGUUCCUCCAUCUCCCAUCGCACCGCCUCAGCUCCUCAGGGCUGGCUCCACCUACCUAAUCAUCCAGCUCAACACCAACUCCAUCCUGGGCGACGGGCCCAUCAUUCGCCGGGAGAUCGAGUUCCGCGCCAGCCACCUGCCCUUCUCGGAGAUCAAUGGGGUCAACAUGGUCACCUACAAGCUGUGGCACCUCGACCCCGACACUGAGUACCAGGUCAGCGUGAUGCUCACCCGGCCUGGGGAGGGGGGGACAGGGCCCCCAGGACCCCCCCUCAUCAGCAGAACUAAGUGUGCAGAGCCCAUGCGUGCCCUGAGAGGCCUGACGGCGACGGACAUCCAGCCUCGUCAGCUGACCCUUCAGUGGGAGAUGCUGGCCUUCAACGUGACGCGCUGCCACACCUACUCCGUCUCGCUGUGCUACCGCUACUCGCUGGGUGGCACGGGGGGCACCAGCGGGGGCACACCGGCGGGCGUGGGCGCGGGCACUGCUACGGCGGGUGCCGCGGCGCCCACGGGAGGGGUCGGCGGAGCCGGCGGGCACAACACCACCACGGUGCGCGAGUGCCUGCCCGUGGAGCGGAACAGCUCCCGCGUCACCCUCCGAGACCUGCCGCCCUACCACACCGUCCACGUGCGUCUGGUGCUUGCCAACACCGAGGGCAAGAAGGAGGGCCGCGAGGUGGUCUUUCAGACCGAGGAGGACAUUCCUGGCGGCAUCGCCUCGGAGUCGCUGACCUUCACGCCGCUGGAGGACAUGAUUUUCAUGAAGUGGGAGGAGCCGCUCGAACCCAAUGGUCUUAUCACUCAGUAUGAGAUCAGCUACCAGAGUAUCGAGUCGACCGAUCCAAGCGUCAAUGUGCCAGGUCCACGGCGCACGGUCUCCAAACUACGGAACGAGACGUACCACAUGUUCUCCAACCUCCACCCCGGAACCACGUACCUGAUCUCCGUACGAGCCCGCACAGCCAAGGGCUUCGGCCAGACGGCCCUCACGGAGAUCACAACCAACAUCUCUGCUCCCACCUUUGACUAUGGGGACAUGCCGUCUCCGCUGAGUGAGACGGAGAGCACCAUCACGGUCCUGCUGCGGCCGGCUCAAGGCAGGGGGGCGCCAGUCAGCACGUACCAGGUGGUGGUGGAGGAGGAGAGUGUGCGCCGGGUGCGGCGCGAGCUCGGCCCGCAGGAGUGCUUCCCUCAGCCCACCUCCCACAGCGAGGCGCAGGCGCGUGGCGCCCCCCACUACUACACCGCCGAGCUGCCCCCCAGCAACCUCAGCGAGGCCCGCUACUUCACCGUCGGAGACAACCACACCUACAACGGCUACUGGAACCCGCCCCUUGACCCCAGGAAGAGCUACGUCAUCUACUUCCAGGCCAUGAGCAACUUCAGAGGGGAUACCAGGAUCAACUGUGUCCGCAUCGCCCGGAAAGCUGCAUGUAAGGACCACCGGCGGGCCCUGGAGGUGACCCAGCACUCGGAGGAGAUGGGCCUGACUGGGGUGUGUGCUGGGGGCCUGGUGGUGCUCAUCCUGCUCCUGGGCGCCAUCAUCAUCAUCAUAAAGAAAGGUAGGAAGCCCGGGACCAUGAAUAAGACGCCCAUCACGUACCGGCAGGAGAAGAACCACAUGAUGGGCUCCAUGGAGCGCAGCUUCACUGACCAGAGCACGCUGCAGGAGGACGAGCGCAUGGCCCUGUCCUUCAUGGACGCGCACACCUGCAGCACGCGCAGUGAUCCGCGCAGCUCGAUGAACGAGUCCAGCAGCCUGCUGGGGGGGUCUCCGCGGCGGCAGUGUGGCGGGCGCAAGGGCUCCCCCUACCACACGGGGCAGCUCCACCCGGCCGUGCGCGUGGCCGACCUCCUCCAGCACAUCAACCAGAUGAAGACGGCCGAGGGCUACGGCUUCAAGCAGGAGUACGAGAGUUUCUUCGAGGGCUGGGAUGUUACCAAGAAGAAGGACAAGACUAAAGGCAGACAGGAUACCUUAAUGGGAUACGAUCGCCACAGGGUGAAGCUCCAUCCCCUGCUCGGAGACCCCAACUCAGACUAUAUCAACGCCAACUACAUUGAUGGCUAUCAUCGAUCCAACCACUUCAUCGCCACUCAGGGACCCAAGCAGGAGACGGUGUAUGACUUCUGGAGGAUGGUGUGGCAGGAGAACUGUUUCAGCAUCGUCAUGAUCACCAAGCUGGUGGAGGUGGGCCGGGUGAAGUGCUGUAAGUACUGGCCCGAUGACAGUGAGCUGUACGGUGACAUUAAGAUCACACUCCUGAAGACUGAGACCCUGGCCGAGUACACUGUGCGCACCUUCAGUCUGGAGAGGAGAGGCUACUCAGCCAAGCACGAGGUGCGGCAGUUCCACUUCACCUCCUGGCCAGAGCACGGCGUUCCGUACCACGCCACCGGCCUGCUGGCCUUCAUCAGGAGAGUCAAAGCCUCCACCCCACCCGACGCUGGGCCAGUGGUGGUGCACUGCAGUAUGGGUGCUGGGCGCACUGGCUGCUACAUUGUGUUGGAUGUGAUGCUGGACAUGGCAGAAUGCGAAGGAGUUGUGGACAUUUAUAACUGUGUCAAAACACUCUGCUCACGGCGCAUUAAUAUGAUACAAACCGAGGAGCAGUACAUAUUCAUCCACGAUGCCAUUCUGGAGGCCUGCCUGUGUGGAGAGACUGCCAUCCUGGUGAACGAGUUCGCGCCCACCUACAAGGAGAUGCUGCGGGUGGACACUCAGAGCAACUCGUCCCAGCUCCGCGAGGAGUACCAGACGCUGAACUCGGUGACGCCGCACCUGGACGUGGAGGAGUGCAGCAUCGCGCUGUUGCCGCGCAACCGGGAGAAGAACCGCAGCAUGGACGUGCUGCCGCCGGACCGCGCGCUGGCCUUCCUGGUGACCACGGAGGGCGAGAGCAACAACUACAUCAAUGCGGCGCUGGCCGACAGCUUCCACCAGCAGGCCUCCUUCAUCGUCACGCCGCACCCGCUGCCCGGCACCACCGCCGACUUCUGGAGGCUGGUCUUCGACUACGGAUGCACCUCCGUGGUCAUGCUCAACCAGCUCAACCAGUCCAACUCUGCCUGGCCGUGUGUGCAGUAUUGGCCAGAGCCCGGUAUGCAGCAGUACGGUCCCAUGCAGGUGGAGUUCCUCUCCGUGUCCGCCGACGAUGACGUGAUCACGCGCAUCUUCCGAGUGAAGAACGUUACAAGGCUGCAGGAGGGUCAGCUGGUGGUGUGCCAGUUCCAGUUCCUGCGCUGGUCUGCGUACCGAGACGUGCCCGACUCCAAGAAGUCCUUCCUCAACCUGCUGGCCCACGUGCACAAGUGGCAGAGGGAGUGCGGGGACGGACGCACCGUCGUCCACUGCCUGAACGGCGGCGGGCGCUGCGGCACCUUCUGUGCCUCGACCAUCCUGCUGGAGAUGAUCCAGUACCAGAGCAUGGUGGACGUCUUCUACGCCGUCAAGACCCUGCGCAACGCCAAGCCCAACAUGGUGGAGUCUCUGGAUCAGUAUCGCUUCUGCUAUGACCUGGUGAUGGAGUACCUGGACUGCUUGGAGGUGAGAUAG